CCCUUGCAGCUGAGGAGCCGCUCGACGGGCCUAGUCGCGCGCCUGCUCAUUUGACUUGAAGAAAGAAAGACGCCCAUACGUCGAGUCACUUUGGUUGGGAACGGUGCAUUUUCCUCACGUUCUGCAGGCCCUUCGGUCGACGUUGGACGCUUGUUCGAGUUGCAGGUCGCGUACAAGGGUAGCCACGUCUUCCUACAGCAGUACGGUCCUUCGCCUCAGAGGAGGCCCCCCCGGGUUAUUGCCGUCGCGUCUGCUAGGCACUGAAGGCGAGCAACAGGCUUGGGCAGGCCGCUCUGCAAGUCUGCGGCGCCGCCGUGCGCUUCUGUUACGCUGCACUCUCUGAGAUUCCCAACAGCGCGACGUGACAGGAAACCGCCCCCCCCCCGACAACGCCUCGAGCAAUAUUAUGUUCCGCCAGAUCUUGGUCCUGUAACCCAUCGACACUUGAGAGCAGUCAUCCGGACGGCCCCCUCCCCCACCAACAACAACAACAACUGCCGACAUCGUUGCAGUCUCCUGCUAUGGAGAACAAGCGCAAGGCGAGCGCGGCUGGCCGAGGAGGCGGCGCCGACGGAGGUGAGCCCGCAGCCAAGAGGCGCAAGUUACCUUCGGACUUCCCAGACCUGGCAAAGCAUGAAUCCCCCGAGUCCACCACAGCGUACGGCCUGGCUUUUCUCGAAGCAAUACGGAAGACGGCCGACAAGCAUGGACGAGGAGUCGCGGGGUACUUCGAGAAGCUCCUGCCUAGGGAGGGCAAUGAGGACUACUACCGGAGGAUUCACAUGCCAGUAUCUCUCCGGGUCAUUGAGCGCAGGCUGUACCGACAUGAGCUGGCGAGCAUGACCCAGUUGGAAAGCUGGAUGAAGCGCAUGGUCAAUAACGCAAAGGAAUUCUACUCGCGUGGCUCUCAGACGUACGAGGACGCCGAGCGCGUCAGGAAAGCCACCAGCAACUACAUGGUCAAGACGAACCCGGCGUACAAGAAGAUACCAAACUAUGCCGCGACCCCGGCUGCAACCCCUCCAGACUGGGACAUCGACGCCGAGAUUGCCGCAGAGGACAUGCCGUCAGAACUGGCAGCCAGCGACGAGGCCCCUCGACCCUUGCGGCCCCCGCAACCCCAGCGCCCCGCCGACGAGGAGGAUGCCGAGGGCGAGGAUGAGGAUAUGCCCGAUGCCGACGCCGACGCCGACGCCGACGCCGACGACGCCGACGGAGCCGAGGGUGACGCAGACGUCAGCCGUGGAUCCAACACUCGCAUAGUGCUGAAGAGACGUGGUGCGCGGUCGAGCGGGACCGAGGGCACCCCAGACGCGCGGUCGACAAGCGACAACAAGGGCGCCGCACAGUUCUCAGAGGUGCCCUACCAAGGUCUCAACUUCCAGCAGGCUCAGGAGAAGCUGGUGGACGAGUUGUCGACGCGCCAGGAAGAAGGUGAUGAAUGGCCAUACUUUGAGCCCUUUAUCAACUUGCCCCCCAAGUCGUUGAAAGACUACUACCAACUCAUCGACGAGCCCAUGUCAUUAAAGAAGCUCUGGCGGGCCAUCAAGGGCAUGGUUGGCAGAGCUGGAGCAACAGGGGUCAGUGAGUUCAAGAGCUGGGCCGCUCUGGAAGAAAAGGCGAGCCUUCUCUGGGACAACGCGUUCUACUACAACGAGGAGGGGAGUGAGAUAUUCGAGCUGGCGAAGGAGCUAAAAGACGCCUUCUACGAGCAACUCAAUGAAGCCAAGGCAUGUGUGGAAGAGCCGCCGCAACCCAAGAUUAUCUUGAGAGCGCCCUCAGCGCAGACGCCACAAGCCCAGUCUGGGCGUCCAAAACGGAUCACCAUCCACGUCGGCGGCGGCAGGGAGGGCUCGCAAGGCUCCCCAGCCCCACAAGCGUCUCAGCCUAGCCCGGCGCAGGGGCCGGGCGAGGGUGCUGUCAAUGGAAACACCUCAAGGCCCGCCCCCGUCCACCCAACGACAGCGAACCUCGUCGAGGUCGCUGGGCCCGGCACACCAUCUGCGGUGAUGAAGCGCGAGGAUUCCAACAGGGCAUCCCCGACUGUGGCGCCACCUGUGAACAACGGCUACAGCUCCAGUGCGUUCCGGCCUGUGAUACUCCCCCCAGCCAGUGGCCUUGGCCAGUCGGCGCCGCAUCCCGGCGCCGCUAACGGACACAUUACUGGACAACAUCAACAACACCAUCAACAACAACAACAUCAACAGGCGGCCGCACUGUACGACUCCACAUUCCGGUGUACAGGUAUCGGUCUGUCGGACGCAAUUCUGGCCAACCUGUGUCUACGUACACCAUCCGACAACGGCGCGGAGAAGCAAUUCGUGUUCAACGUACCCCCCCAUCCGAAAUUGCUGCAGCAGUCUUUCACAGUCAAUCUGGGGGCCAACCAAUGGAAACUUCAGAUAGUGCCACAGGUCUCGCCAGCCCUCGAGCAGCAGCACCGCCCGUACAAGCUGUACGUGGUUGUCAACGGACAGACCCUCGCCCGCGGGGUGCCAACACCACGCGACACCCUCCAGAGCGGAGAACUGCUGUACGAUGCACAGCUCCACCAAGGCGUCAACACGAUUGUACUGCAGAUGAUUGCUGCGCUGCCGAAAGGGCAAAAGGUGGCCAACGGCUCCGACGCGGUGCUUGAGAAGAUUACCAUCCUUGCGAAUGUUAUGAAGCAGUACUAGGAGCCUGUCUUCUCUUCUGCCCCGUGGCGGCGCGCCUGGUAGGUGAUUCCUUCUGCAGACGGCGUGUGUGCCUGGCAGCCCGGCAGGGGAGGCCCCAAGGCCGGGUGGGAUGGGACGCAGCAUGCUAGAGGUGCAGGGCGGUCUUUUUGGGGCGUGGUCGACGAGGCUCGGUCAUUCGUGGUUUGGCAGGACGAGCCCAGGCUCAAUCUCGCCCUCAAAAUUAUUCUGCUGUGCAGCGCUGGGAUAUGGAGGUGGCUGAAGUAAAAGAGCGGCUGAGACUUGGCUUGAGCUGUACAGGUGUGUGUAUGCCUGCAGUGGGAAAGAGCAGGACAUAGUAAAAUUCGUGUAAUACUAGAUCAAGCCGCCUCGAGCGGGUUUGAAGUCA